AUGACAUGCAGCCAGCACUGUACGUGGGUCACAAAAAUAGAUAUAAGAGACAGAGAUCCUUCGAAUAUGAACGACCACGUUAAGGUAAACGUCCAGGGGUCCAAGAUUCCUUUUUCCUAACAUCAUUUCUAUACUUUUUUGCAAAGACUGUUUCGGGCUUAGUUUAGCAAGAGGAGUUGUUAAAGACUAAGAGGAUACAAUACACCCGGGGGAGGGGGUACUCGAUAUAUCCUUGGGUGGGGAGGUGCGGCUCGGCUCCUCAUACCCUGACCCUGUUUAAGACAAAAAUCGCUGAUUUUCCCACCCUGUUUAAGACAGAAUUCCAAUUUUUGAUUCCCAGUUUAAGACAUUCGUAGAACAUAACCGCAAGCUGUUUAUCGUCUAAGAACAGGGUUAUGGGCUCCUGUCUAAGAAAAGAUACCCUGUUUAAGACAAAAAUUGAUAAACUCAAUACCCUGUUUAAGACAAAAAUCCCGAAAACAUACCCUGGCUGGCCGCACGUCCCCAUUAAGCCCUUAAAAGGGAGUACCCCCCCGGGACAAUACACCUCUUGUAUUUCCUUAAUAAUAGUUCAAUUCAAUUCAAUUCAACUCCAUUCAAUUCAAUUUUUAUUCACCCUCUUAUAAAAUAUUUACAUUAUAUAGUAAGGUAGGAAUGCACUAAUAAAGGAGAAGAAGAAGGAAAAAAUAAAAUUAAUGACUUGGAUAGAAGUGUACGGUGGUCAGAGGAGCUUAGCUUUCGAGCUAACCACCGCUAUAUUUUGAGUGGAAAUACGUAAUAAAUGUGCGCUUGCUAAAAUUUGAAAAUAUUUAGUAUGUAUCACUAGCACUAGUGUGUCUCAUUCGCAAAAUAGAGACUUAAAUGAAGCUAUUGCUAUGACUAUACAAUGGCUUUUCAAUUGUAAAUAGGCAAAAGUAACUAAAAGAUAUUAAGUAUAAAAUAUUCCCUAUUUGCAAUACAAUGACAAUAUAAAGAAAAGCAAUAUAUUAAUACUGACGAUAUUAAUAGUCCUGAUAAUAAUUAACCUAAUAUCAAUUUCGAGAAGAGGUAAAAGAUAAAAGACAAAACAAUGAAGAAAUUAAACCUGAUGCUACAUUAUAUGUUCCUUCACACUGCCACAAAAAUUGUUAUAAUCCCUUUCUUUUAACCAUCUCCACUUGUUCUUUUCCUUCUACCGCACCAAAAACCAACUUUUCUCUUUUUUACUUUCUAUUUCUUUACACUGCAACAGAAGGUUCGAAUCACAUUUUGCUAGACAAAAAUAGACUCUAAUUGCUUUUAACAAGCCAAUACUAAAUAAACUCUAAUUGGAGAACAAAACAUUUUACGAAGAGAUUCCGUAAUUUCCACUUUUCACCAUCCUGAUUACGUAACUCAAAGAACUCAAAGGUUAAAGAAAAAAAGAACAACUAACGUGACCUACAUACGAAAAAAAAGAAAUUCCAUUCCUCAGAGAUAUCAACCUCGUCCCCAGGGUCUUCUCGUAUUCCAAUAUAGCGGCCACCGCUAAGGCCACCGCCAUAUUGGAAAACGAGAAGACGCUGGGGACGCUUGAGGUUGCAAGCAAAUACUUACAGUAAGGCUAGGCAGGACCAAAUAUGUCUCACCAGUGAGAGCGACCAACAUCUCAUUCUACGAAACCGUCCACACAAAGCAAUUUCAAUGUGGCAAGAGGUUAGAACGUGUGAAAUCCUGUAAAGAGAGGCAAGACGAAAUAUGUUUGGCCGGCAAGAGCGCCAAACAUCGCAUGAAUAUUCCUCGUUUACUGAUCCAUACAAAACAAUUUUAAUUUUGCAAAGUAGAAAUAUGCUUCUACUUAUCGAGGAAGGCGAUAUAUUUGUAACUCCUGAUCAAAAAAAGCAUAGAUUAAUAGUUUCGUUGUGUCUCCCAAAUAACACACCAAACCUUGAGAUAGAAGCCAAGUGAGAGACGUGUAAGCGAAUUUUUCCCUGAUAACAAAGGCCUGUUUUGCCUGGUAUUCCCGCCGAAUACCAGGCAAAACAGGCCUCUUUCAGCAGAGAGAGCGAAUUCGAACUGCUUCACUGAACCUUGAUGCUGUUAUUCUAACUCGUUCAAUUUAUCAUGAUGUAAGCGAAUUUGUUUGAAGCUAAUUAUUUUUAAGGAAUUAAGAAAGGUUGGCGAAAAAAAAAAGAAAAUCCGGCUGUCUUAUGUUAAUGUACAACCACGACAACCACGCUGAAAACAACGCCAAAAACAACUGAGGUUUUAUGACCAAAACAAGAGCUAAUUUUCUCGUGCAUCAUGCUUUGUAGUACAUUUCCUUGACGUCCACUGCACAGCUACAGCCUGGAACGUCCUUAUAUUAUUAGAUGUUUUAUGGAGGACUAGCCUGUCACUAGGCUCCGCAGUUGGGAAAAAGGCAAGUGAAGCGAGCCGAGCGGUAGUCUGGGAAAGGAAGUCUGGGCUUCUCAGUCUCCACCCGCUUCCUAGUGGAGAGAAGCUGUUACGCCGCAAAAUGUAACAUUAACGCGAAAUGUAACAACCUUUGACGCGAAAUGUAACAUUAACCCGAAAUGUAACAACUUUUGGCGCAAAAUGUAACAACUUUUUGACGCGAAAUGUAACAACUUUUUGACGCAAAAUGAAACAAUAUUUUUAAUGCGAAAUGUAACAAGCAAAAUGUUACAGCCUUGAAAUAACUGAGAAGCUUGGACAUGAGCCUUGUAGAUAAUGUGUAAAUUGUCUGGUGGUUACAAAAACAGUUUAUUUAUAAAGUUUUCUUAUGAUGUCAAAUAAACUUACAAAACGUUUUUCGAUAAUAGUAACUAAAUCCUGAAACAGUUCAACGAAUUGUUGUUUAAUAUAUCUUUCUGUACUUAUGGGUGACGCUUAAAAGAAAGUUGGCGUUACAUAAUCCAUGACGGAUUAGAUGGGUUAGGAUGGUACAUUUUUAGCAUACUCCCUCUAGGGAGUUGAGCCCGUAUGAAAUCGAGGCGAGUAUCGAUUACUGAUCAUUCUUUUCACACUUUUAUCGAGUGAAGAUGCUUUCUGUUUUUAUCCGACGCCGUCUGUUUACCCACCUCCUCCCCUUUUCCCUAAAAGGUAUGAAAUUUCUCACAUUUACUGGCCAUGGAAGUCCGGUAAGAAAUGAGAAAUUUCAUAUCUAUGUUAUUCACUACGUUCAAAAUUUUCUUUUGAAAGAUUACCUUUCUUAACUUUUACUUUUAACUUACGUUAUGUUCAAUAAGUUAGCGUUGUUGUUAUUGUCCAUACUGCUAUUCCAAGGUUAUACAUGACUUGUAACUUUAUCACCUGUUUUAAGACCUUUCGUAAGUUUAUUUGACAUAAGAAAACUUUAUGAAUAAACUGUAACCACCAGACAAUUUACACAUUAUCUACAAGGUUCAUGUCCUAGCUUCUCAGUUAUUUCAAGGCUGUAACAUUUUGCUUGUUACAUUUCGCGUUAAAAAUAUUGUUCCAUUUUGCGUAAAAAAGUUGUUACAUUUCGCGUUAAAAAGUUGUUACAUUUUGCUUCCAAAGUUGUUACAUUUCGGGUUAAUGUUACAUUUCGCGUCAAAAGUUGUUACAUUUCGCGUUAAUGUUACAUUUUGCGUCAAUUGUUACAUUUUGUGGCGUAACAGAAGCGACGACCGGAAAUACGUCUGCAUUCGCAGGCUACCUUUUCCCCCACUGCGGAGCCUGGUCCCAGGUUAAUGCCCGUGGAGGACGUGAACACACGACGAAGAAUUCUCCUUUAAUUUUUUUAACCUGGAUAACGUCCUUAAGGAUUAAACUCCAGAAAAAAAAUCGUCCACAUUUGACAAAUGGGACGGGUCUAAAUAGAUGCCAUAAAGUUUGAAAGAACGCAAAGUGGUCUUUUUUUCCAGCGACGUUUUCAUUCGCGUCGUUUACCAGGAGACAAGCAGAAUUCCCAUGUACCCAGCCAGAGGUACCAAAGGAUAAGCGGAAUUUCCUGUACCCAUUUGUAAAUUUGGUACCAACCGUCAGACUUGUUACUUUUAUUUUAAGGGCAGCAGCAUCGAAAACAAUGCCAGGAGGCAUAGAUUGGGGUUUUAUUAAUUUUCCAUAAGGAGUACGAAAAUGUUUUGCUUAAUUUCUGCACUUAAUAGUCUUUGUUUAUUUUAUUGACAUGUAGGCCUUUUUUAUUUAUUUAUAUUUUUUACUUUCACUUUGAAAAGGGGGAAUUAAAUUAACUGAUUGUGAUCGAUCACCAUCUUACAUAAGGAUUUGAAGUGAUUUGGAACUUCCCGUAGCCCUGAUCCACGGCUGAGAGUUGUAUCCAUCUGAUCAACUCACAGUUCACCAAUAAAAAAGCGCUCAGUAUUUGUCGCGUGUAGUCGUCAUCUUUUAUUUUGAUAGUAUAGCGUUCACUGUGGGCUGGAGAGUAGAGAGCCAGGACAAGCUUAGUCAUUAAUUGGUUGCAUUGGUUAGAACUAAAAAAGGAGUAGCACUAUCAUAACUGUUAAGGUAAAACGUUUGUUUAUAGUGGAAAGUGCACUUAGCUUAUCCAUCUAGUUCACAGGGACUCUACAAAAAUACUUAGUCUGAACCAAAUAAUUCAAAUAUAACAUAACAGGAUUAAAAACCCUAACUGGUGGAGGCAACCAGUUGGCUAUUUACAACAGUGGCCGAGGAUUUGAACAAAUCCAGUAAGUGGCCAGAGCGAGCCUCAAACCAGGGACCGCCAGAUUGCGAGUCCGACGCGUUGACCACUCGGCUACGCUGCCAUUACGUAGUCUACAUUCACUUUCGUUCUUUCCUUUUCACCAAGGUUUUUUUUCAAGACGUGUUUGCGGAGCCCGAGGGUUCUCACAGCAUCGAUGGCGUGUGGCGAACCAGCUUCAGAGCGUUUGUACUAACUAAGUACUGGUGUUACCGGAUCAUCACCGCAGUUUGUGGCGUUCCAACAGCCAUUUAG